AUGUCUUCAGAUGCUGAGAUGGCUGCCUUUGGGGAAGCUGCCCCUUAUCUCCGGAAGUCAGAAAAGGAAAGAAUUGAGGCCCAAAAUAAGCCCUUUGAUGCCAAGAACUCUGUUUUUGUGGUGGAUCCUAAGGAAUCCUAUGUCAAAGGCACUGUCCAGAGUAGGGAAGGAGGAAAGGUCACAGUCAAGACUGAAAAAGGAGAAACUGUAUCCGUUAAAGAAGACCAAGUAUUUCCCAUGAAUCCUCCCAAAUAUGACAAAAUUGAGGACAUGGCCAUGAUGACCCAUCUUCAUGAACCUGCUGUCUUGUAUAAUCUCAAAGAGCGUUAUGCAGCCUGGAUGAUCUACACCUACUCUGGUCUCUUCUGCGUCACUGUCAAUCCCUACAAGUGGCUGCCAGUGUACAACCCGGAGGUGGUAAGUGCCUAUAGAGGCAAGAAGCGCCAAGAGGCCCCUCCACAUAUCUUCUCCAUCUCUGAUAAUGCAUAUCAGUUCAUGUUAACUGAUCGUGAGAAUCAGUCAAUCCUGAUCACUGGAGAAUCUGGUGCUGGAAAGACUGUGAACACAAAACGUGUAAUUCAGUACUUUGCAACCAUCGCUGCCACUGCUGACAAGAAAAAGGAAGAGCCAGUGGCACAAGGCAAAAUGCAGGCAAGCUGUUUGAUGAAAAAGGGGGGCACCCUUGAAGAUCAAAUCAUCAGUGCCAACCCCUUGCUGGAGGCCUUUGGAAAUGCCAAGACUGUGAGGAAUGACAAUUCUUCACGUUUUGGUAAAUUCAUUAGAAUCCAUUUUGGUCCCACUGGCAAAUUGGCUUCUGCAGACAUAGAGACAUAUCUGCUGGAGAAGUCCAGAGUCACUUUCCAGCUAAAAGCUGAAAGAAGCUACCACAUCUUUUAUCAGAUUAUGUCCAACAAAAAGCCAGAAUUGAUAGAGAUGCUCCUCAUUACCACCAACCCUUAUGACUUUCACUAUAUAAGUCAAGGGGAAAUCACUGUUCCCAGCAUAGAUGAUAAGGAAGAGCUCAUAGCUACAGAUAGUGCAAUUGACAUCCUGGGUUUCAGUGUGGAUGAAAAGACAGCCAUUUACAAGUUGACUGGGGCUGUGAUGCACUAUGGAAACAUGAAGUUCAAGCAAAAGCAGCGUGAGGAGCAGGCUGAGCCAGAUGGCACUGAAGUUGCUGACAAAGCUGCUUACCUCAUGAACCUCAACUCAGCAGAUCUGCUGAAAGCUCUGUGCUACCCUCGAGUCAAGGUUGGCAAUGAGUAUGUCACCAAAGGCCAAACUGUCCAACAGGUGUAUAAUAAUGUUGGUGCUUUGGCUAAAGCUGUCUUUGAAAAGAUGUUCUUGUGGAUGGUCAUUCGGAUCAACCAGCAGCUGGAUACCAAGCAGUCUAGACAGCAUUUCAUAGGCGUACUGGAUAUUGCUGGCUUUGAAAUCUUUGAUUUCAAUAGCUUGGAGCAGCUCUGCAUCAACUUCACCAAUGAGAAACUGCAACAGUUCUUCAAUCACCACAUGUUUGUGCUGGAACAAGAGGAGUACAAGAAAGAAGGAAUUGAAUGGGAGUUCAUUGACUUUGGAAUGGACUUGGCUGCCUGCAUUGAACUCAUUGAGAAGCCAAUGGGCAUUUUCUCCAUCCUAGAAGAAGAAUGCAUGUUUCCAAAGGCAACAGACACAUCCUUUAAGAACAAGCUGUAUGACCAGCAUCUUGGCAAGUGCAAGAACUUUGAAAAGCCCAAGCCUGCCAAAGGCAAGGCAGAAGCCCACUUCUCUCUGGUGCACUAUGCAGGCACCGUGGAUUACAACAUCAGUGGCUGGCUUGAAAAGAAUAAGGACCCCUUGAAUGAAACUGUCAUCCAGCUGUACCAGAAAUCAUCCAUGAAGACACUGGCAUUACUCUUUGCUGAUCGCCCUGCAGAUGCCGGUAACUGCUCCGGUGGUGGUGGUGGUGGUAAGAAAGGUGGCAAGAAGAAGGGUUCUUCCUUCCAGACAGUAUCUGCUCUCUUUAGGGAGAAUUUAAACAAAUUGAUGAGCAAUCUAAAGAGUACCCAUCCUCACUUUGUGCGUUGCCUUAUCCCCAAUGAAACUAAAACUCCUGGUGCCAUGGAACAUGAGCUUGUAUUGCACCAGCUGAGGUGUAAUGGUGUGCUGGAAGGUAUCCGAAUCUGCAGAAAGGGAUUCCCUAGCAGGAUAAUUUAUGGUGACUUCAAACAGCGAUACAGGAUUUUAAAUGCAAGUGCCAUCCCAGAGGGACAGUUCAUUGAUAGCAAGAAAGCUUCUGAGAAGCUUCUUGGAUCCAUUGAUGUUGACCAUACUCAGUAUAAAUUUGGUCACACCAAGGUAUUCUUCAAAGCUGGCCUCUUGGGUCUUCUAGAAGAGAUGAGAGAUGACAAACUGGCUCAGCUGAUUACACGUACUCAAGCUAUGUGUCGUGGCUACCUGAUGAGAGCAGAGUUCAAGAAAAUGAUGGAAAGAAGAGAAUCUAUCUUCAUUAUUCAGUACAAUAUCCGUUCAUUUACGAAUGUGAAGCAUUGGCCUUGGAUGAAAUUGUACUUCAAGAUAAAACCUCUGUUGAAGAGUGCUGAGUCAGAGAAAGAAAUGGCCAACAUGAAGGAAGAGUUUGAGAAAACAAAAGAAGAGCUUGCAAAAUCAGAGGCCAAACGGAAAGAACUUGAAGAAAAAAUGGUUACUUUGAUGCAAGAGAAGAAUGACUUGCAGCUCCAAGUCCAGUCUGAAUCUGAUGCUGUGGCAGAUGCUGAGGAGAGAUGCGACCAGCUGAUCAAAACCAAGAUCCAGCUGGAAGCUAAAAUUAAGGAGCUGACUGAACGGGCAGAAGAUGAAGAGGAAAUGAAUGCUGAGCUGACAGCCAAAAAGAGGAAACUGGAGGAUGAGUGCUCAGAACUGAAGAAAGACAUUGAUGACCUUGAGUUGACCCUGGCCAAGGUUGAAAAGGAGAAGCAUGCCACAGAAAACAAGGUCAAAAACCUCACUGAAGAGAUGGCUGUCUUGGAUGAGACCAUUGCCAAACUGACCAAGGAAAAGAAAGCCCUUCAAGAGGCCCAUCAGCAGACCUUGGAUGACUUGCAGGCAGAGGAAGACAAAGUGAAUACUCUGACCAAAGCAAAGACCAAGCUGGAGCAGCAAGUGGAUGAUCUUGAAGGGUCUUUGGAACAAGAGAAGAAGCUUCGUAUGGACCUUGAAAGAGCCAAGAGGAAGCUAGAAGGAGAUCUGAAGCUGGCUCAGGAAUCCAUAAUGGAUCUGGAAAAUGAUAGGCAGCAGCUGGAAGAGAAGCUUAAGAAGAAAGAUUUUGAAAUCAGUCAACUCCAAAGUAAAAUUGAAGAUGAGCAGGCUUUGGGAUCCCAACUUCAGAAAAAGAUCAAGGAGUUGCAGGCUCGUAUAGAGGAACUGGAGGAAGAGAUUGAGGCAGAGCGUGCAUCUCGGGCCAAAGCAGAGAAGCAGCGGGCUGACCUCUCCAGGGAACUGGAGGAAAUCAGUGAGCGUCUGGAGGAAGCUGGUGGGGCAACAGCGGCUCAGAUUGAGAUGAACAAAAAACGUGAGGCUGAAUUCCAGAAAUUGCGUCGGGACCUUGAAGAGGCCACUCUGCAGCAUGAAGCCACUGUAGCUGCCCUCCGCAAGAAGCAUGCAGAUAGUGCAUCUGAACUUGCAGAACAGAUUGAUAACCUUCAACGAGUGAAACAGAAGCUGGAGAAAGAGAAGAGUGAGCUGAAGAUGGAGAUUGAUGACCUUGCUGGCAAUAUGGAGUCUGUUUCUAAAGCUAAGUCAGUUCUUGAGAAAUUAUCCCGCUCCUUGGAAGAUCAGCUCAGUGAGAUUAAAGCAAAGGAAGAAGAGCACCAGAGAACAAUUAAUGACCUGAGUGCUCAGAGGGCUCGUCUGCAAACAGAAGCAGGCGAACUUGCCCACCAAGUGGAUGAGAAAGAUUCUUUGAUUUCCCAGCUCUCAAGGGGAAAGCAAGGCUUUACCCAACAGAUUGAAGAAUUGAAAAGGUUACUUGAAGAAGAAAUAAAGGCAAAGAAUGCCCUGGCCCAUGCCUUGCAGUCUGCUCGCCAUGACUGUGACUUGCUCCGGGAGCAGUUUGAAGAGGAGCAGGAAGCCAAGAGCGAGCUCCAACGUGCCAUGUCCAAGGCCAAUAGUGAAGUGGCCCAGUGGAGGAACAAGUACGAGACAGAUGCCAUUCAACGCACUGAAGAACUAGAAGAAGCCAAGAAAAAGCUUGCCCAGCGUCUGCAGGAAGCUGAGGAACAUGUUGAAGCUGUGAAUUCCAAAUGUGCUUCUCUUGAGAAGACAAAACAGAGGUUGCAGAAUGAAGUGGAGGACCUGAUGAUUGAUGUGGAAAGGUCCAAUGCAGCCUGCGCAGCUCUAGACAAGAAGCAGAAGAACUUUGAUAAGAUUCUGGCAGACUGGAAGCAGAAAUUUGAGGAAGCUCAAUCUGAACUGGAAGCUUCCCAGAAGGAGACUCGUUCUCUCAGCACAGAACUCUUUAAGAUGAAAAAUGCUUAUGAGGAGUCCCUGGAUCACCUGGAAACUCUGAAACGAGAGAACAAGAAUCUGCAGCAGGAGAUUGGUGAUCUCACAGAACAAAUUGCUGAAGGAGGAAAAGCUGUCCAUGAACUUGAGAAAGUGAAGAAGCAAAUCGAGCAAGAGAAGUCUGAACUGCAGGCAUCCCUUGAAGAAGCUGAGGCUUCUCUUGAGCAUGAAGAAGGCAAAAUCCUCCGUGUACAACUGGAGCUCAACCAGGUGAAGGCUGAUAUUGACAGAAGAAUUGCAGAGAAAGAUGAAGAAAUUGAUCAGAUGAAGAGGAAUCACUUAAGGGUGGUGGAGUCCAUGCAAAGCACACUGGAUGCUGAAGUUAGAAGCAGGAAUGAUGCUCUAAGGAUAAAGAAGAAGAUGGAGGGGGAUCUGAAUGAAAUGGAAAUCCAGCUGAGCCAUGCCAACCGUCAAGCUGCUGAGGCCCUAAAGAAUCUCAGGAACACUCAAGCACAACUAAAGGAUACACAACUGCAUUUGGAUGAUGCUGUGAGGAGCCAAGAAGACCUGAAGGAACAGGUGGCCAUGGUGGAGCGCAGAGCUAACCUGAUGCAAGCUGAGAUAGAGGAACUCCGGGCAGCUCUGGAACAGACAGAGAGGGGCAGGAAAGUGGCUGAACAGGAGUUACUGGACGCCAGCGAGCGUGUGCAACUCCUCCACACACAGAACACAAGCUUGAUUAACACCAAGAAAAAGCUGGAAGCCGACAUUGCCCAAAUCCAGAGUGAAAUGGAAGAGAGUAUUCAAGAAGCACGGAAUGCAGAAGAGAAAGCCAAGAAAGCUAUUACUGAUGCAGCCAUGAUGGCUGAGGAGCUGAAGAAAGAGCAAGACACCAGUGCCCACUUGGAAAGAAUGAAAAAGAACCUAGAACAGACAGUGAAGGAUCUGCAGCACCGUCUUGAUGAGGCAGAACAGCUGGCAAUGAGGGGUGGCAAAAAACAGCUCCAGAAACUGGAGCAAAAAGUACGUGAACUGGAAGCUGAAGUUGAGAAUGAACAGAAGCGCAGUGCUGAUGCUAUAAAGGGUGUACGCAAAUAUGAGAGACGGGUGAAGGAACUGACUUAUCAGUCUGAGGAAGAUCGGAAGAAUGUUCUAAGGCUUCAGGAUCUGGUGGAUAAACUGCAAAUGAAAGUGAAAGCAUACAAGAGGCAAUCUGAAGAAGCUGAGGAACAAUCAAAUCUCAACCUGUCCAAGUUCCGCAAGAUUCAGCAUGAGCUGGAAGAGGCUGAAGAGAGGGCUGAUAUUGCAGAGUCACAGGUCAACAAAUUGCGUGUGAAGACUCGAGAUGCUGGAAAGCAAGUCAAAAGUGAAGAAUAAGUUUGUCUACAUGCUUCAUCAUGACUAAAUAGAUACACAAAAUGUGUAUACCUUAUUUGUAAUUAUUGUUUAUUCUAUCCUUAGUGCCUAGGAAAUAAAGAUUGUAGAAAUCUUUGCAUACUU